UUGGAGCCUCGAAAGAGGCAAAGUUUGGGGAUUAGGAGCCCGGCGGAGGCCAGCCUUCAAGGCGGGAAGGGAAACUGGACUGAAAGCGGAGCACGAAGGGGCCCGGCCGUAGGGUUUUGAGACCACUAAGAAGAAGGAUGCAGGCUGAGCAAAUGGAGGAGUCUGUUGAUGACACUGGGGAGCCCUGAGCAGCCAGCAGACUUGUUUGCAUCAAUAAUGACAGAGUCAAGGCCGUGCAAAAAAGUGGACAAUGAAAUUAACCAGACAGUGGCUGUGCUUUGUAAGGAUUUUUCCAUUCUGAGAUUUUACAGGCAAUGGCCCAGCAUAUAGCUUUGCAGAUACUGUAUUGUAUUGUGAGGAGGUCAAACUAAAUUUCCAGUUUUCAAACCACUGCUUGGAAAACACAUGAGUCCCUAAGAAGAGAGAACAAGAUCAUUCCUGUGCUACAACACUGAACUAGGAGAGAUGGAAAUAGUGACUGAACUCACAAAGCACCUCCUGCGUUUCCCGCCUAGUCUUUGCGCCUGCGCAAUCGUUCGCUCUCCCUCCCGAAGGAGUGAGCGGGGCUUUUCCGGCAAAGCCACACCCUUUCCACAGACUACGAAAUAAAAGCUGAAGAGCUCGAGUUUCAGGUCCCGCCCUUGUUGGUUCGCGUGAACGGCAGCCCUCCAGUGAAACUCGUUACAGCGUUUGAAGGAGUGCAGUCUUGUCCAAUGGGAGUCCGGAGGCGGGACAUCCAAGCACUGAACGGCUUUGGCGCAUCUGUUUGACUGCGGAGGGAGCAUCCACUUUGGAAUCCUAGAGGAUCCUUUUGGUUACAAAGUGGAAUUGCAUGCAGAGUAUGAGGUGAAGGGUAAUCUCUCAGAUGUUUAGUUCCAUCCAAUUUCUGCCUGGUGUGGAGGAACGUGCUGGUUUUUGUUCUGUGGCAUGAAGUGCAUAGUCACCGGGGGCAAUGUGAAAGCCCUAGGGAAAGCAAUACAUUCCCUCGCCCGUGUUGGAGAUGAAAUCUAUGUCGAGCCACUACAAGAAGGGCUGUCCAUGCGGACAGUCAGUGCAUCUCGCUCAGCUUAUGCAAGCUUCCUGUUUGCCCCACUCUUCUUCCAAAACUACCAGCCAACAGAAUCAGGAUAUGACCCAGAUUCAGAGGCUUUCCGGUGCAAAGUUCACAUGAAGUCUUUCUUGGCUGUUUUCCGUUCACUGCCCUCCCUGGAGAAGACUGUGGAGAAGUGCCUUCUCUCACUAAACUCCCAUGCCAGCCGAUUCCGGGUGCAGCUCCACUGCAAAUAUGGUGUUGUCAAGACCCAUGACUUGCCAUUCCAGGAAUGUGAAUCCCUGCAAGCUGACUUUGACACAAGCCAGUGUGCCCAUGCUCUGCGUGCCCCUCCCAGGCUGUUGGCGGAUGCUGUGGUGCAUUUCCCACUGGCUUUGGCUGAGGUGACUCUCGUUGCCAGCCCAGCUGGGAAGGUGAGCUUGCGCAGUUACUUGGAAGGAGACACGGAGGUGACCCGGACAAUGGUGACAGAGCUAGGCUUAAAUGAGGAUGAGUUUCAGACCUUCCACAUUAAGCAAGAGGCACAAAUCACUUUCUGUCUCAAGGAAUUUCGAGGUCUUCUGAGUUUUGCGGAGUCAUCUAAUCUUUCCCUUAAUAUCUACUUUGACACCCCUGGCAGGCCAGCUAUCUUUACCUUGGACGAUGCUGUCCUCCAGGUGCACCUGGUCUUGGCUACCCUUGAAGAACCAGAGAGCUGCAGUUCCCAAAUGACCUCAUGCACUCCAAAGCCCCUUGCCCCUGCAUAUGACUUCACCGGUGAUGAUAUUGAUGACUACAUGAUAGCCAUGGAAACAACAUGUGGUGGCCCCGCAGGGACAGAACCGCUUCCCAGCCCCACCUUCCCUAUGGGGCCCACAAGUUCAGAAGCACAAGAGCCAGACAGUGAUCACGAGGGGACUGUCCCUGGCACGCCGCCACAGAAAAGGUUCCGGUCCUUGUUCUUUGGGUCAGUCCUGAGCCAGUCACAGUCUUUGGCUCACUCCCGGUCCAGCCAAGAGGUGCUGGCAGAAGACAGCGAGGGAGAAUCAUGAGAGAAGUCAGCCUUUCCCAUGAGACAUAGCUGAACUUCUCCUAGCAGAGAGAAUUGUUUCAGGCUCAGUGGAUUUUCUUCUGGGUGGCUGCCCAAUCAAACCAAAGAGCCCUCCCUACUCGUAAUUCAGUUUAUAAAAUUAACUGAGCAGCUAGUCUAUCAUGGAGAAAAAUGCUGAUGGGGUAGAACCAUACUGAGAAUAUAUUCAAAUAUGUAUGUCAAGACAGUGGUUCCCAUUCCGUUUGUGGCAUACAGAAGUAUAAGUUACCCUCAUGCCACUUCAUAUCUACUUUUUAUCUCCGUAGGUUGAUUUUUCCCCCUCCUACCAUUGUGUCCAAAGCACCCCCAACAUCACAUAGCCCUCCAAGCCAUUUCUACCUGAAAAAAAGUAGAAGGAAUCACAUAACUGGUACCCAUACCAUGUACGAAAUGAUGGCAUCAGCCUCUGAAACCUUCAGGGAUGAUGCAAUCAGUCUAUCUGACUAUGGCGAUACAGAAACUUUUGCAUUUCAAUUGCUCUUCUCUAGAUACAAGGUUGGGGGGGGCAGCUGCUCUGUAGUA